AUGUCAAAUCGUUCCUUGGUCACCGCAAGGAUGAACAGGAUGGACAACAAUAGGACGGUUGUGGUCUUAGGGGUGCCAGAUGUCCUUCUCUGCGAACGAAUGGCCGAUAAAUUGACAAUUCAUUUCCAGCUUGCGAAGAGUAAGGGAGGAGAUGUUGACAAAGUUCACUACCCCACCAGCUUCAGAGGGGUUGCUUUUGUCACCUUUGGGAGCCCUGAAGACGCUGAUAGGGUCGUCAAGUAUACACAGGUGAUGACAGACAAGGAGUUUCCUCAAGACUACACACUCACUGUAUUCAAAUACACUUCAGAAGUGUUGUUCUAUGUUUACGCUGAGGUGGAUCUAUCCAUUUUCAGUGAAUUUCGGAGAUUGAUAGCGUCCCUGCAGACUGACCAUCGCUCUGUCCAUAUCUGCCCUCUGGAGAAGGGGGCCAUGGUGUCAGUUGAGGGUCCAUUUACUGCUGUCAGGGCCCUGAGACAAGACCUGAUCGAGCGAACUCAAAGUGUGAGAGGCCAGGGUGCACAGAUAACUUCAAGCCGAGAAAAACACACAAAAUUUGUAAUGACACCUAAAGAUAGCCCCGUAAGAAGUGAAGAAGCGUCCGUAUGGGUGGAUACACACAUAUUUACUUACAUACAGACGUUUCACAAGGAUGAGUACGAUCGGUGUCUGCAGAGGUAUGACGUUUGUGCUAUACCACUACAGAAGGGUGAUUUGACAGAGGUGCAGAUCUAUAGCAUAACCAAAUGGUCUGCUGUGGCAUGUGCUCGAGUUGAACUGGAGCAGUUGGUGAACAGUUGGCAGAAUCUCCUAGAGACCAGACAGAUCGACUGUGCUUACUUGGAUCAGCGCGAGAAGAGGAGAUUGUUAAAAACCUGUGAAGAUGCUCUCAUGGUUUAUGGGGACGUUUGUUACUCUCCCACCGACUCUCAUAUUGAGAUCAUUGGACCGCCUUCCUCUGCUCUUUGCUUUUGUGAACUGGUAAUGGGUAGAAUUGAGAAGAUGAAUCAUAAGUAUGGUGUGAGCAGUGAAGGAGACUGGAAGUUAAAGUAA